AUGGGUAUAAAAAGCUCAAAACCGAAACUUUCCAAAGAAGAUCUUGAUUUCCUGAAAAAGAACACAAGCUUCACCGAAGAGCAAAUCAAGGAGUGGUAUAAAGGCUUUGUGCAAGAUUGUCCGAAAGGUCACUUGACAAAGGAUCAAUUUAUCAAAGUUUACAAAGAUUUCUUCCCAUCCGGAAGUGCGGAAGGAUUUUGCGAGCAUGUCUUCCGGACAUUUGAUACUGAUAACAGUGGUUUUAUCGAUUUUAAGGAAUUCUUGUUAGCAAUAAAUGUUACAAGUUCGGGCACACCAGAGCAAAAACUUGAAUGGGCGUUCAGGAUGUAUGAUAUUGAUGGUAAUGGCACUAUUGAUGAGAAAGAAAUGAUUAAAAUUAUAGAGGCAAUCUACGAAAUGUUAGGGCCGGAAGUUACAAAAUCCGCUGAUGAUUCACCUCGAAAACGGGCUAAAAUGAUUUUCGAGAAAAUGGAUGUCAAUAACGAUAAGGCUAGUUUGUUUCGAAAAUUUUAA